AUGUUGGCGGCAUGCACUCGCUUUUCAAAGUGCUACAGUGACCCUGGCGUCUUCGGUGACGAGGUUUCAAAUCGGGCGAAGCUGUUCGAGCCGACGACCCUGCGAGGAGGAGGACUUGCGGCUGGCGUCGACGAGGUGUUGCUUAGAGCACGCUUCGAUUUGCUUGCCCUCUUAUUCAUAACCGCGGUCGUUAAUCGCGGUUUGCUUGGUUCAUUGCUCGACACAAGUCGUCUUAGCGAAAUAAAGACGACGAAUGACGUUGAACGAAAUUCGAUUCCGCACGAUACCUGA